AUGAUAUUUGUAAUAGAUAAAAAAGAAGAUAAUUAUUCAAAAUAUAUAAAAGAAGUCUGUAUAAAAUGGUUUCCAUAUUUAUAUAAUAUACAUUAUAAUCUAGGAAAAAGCGCAAAAAUAAAAGAAGGAUUACAAUACUUGUAUUAUUGGCUAUAUAACAGUGAUUACUCAAAAUAUGGAAUAGAAAUAGGAAAUAACAGAGAACUUUAUAUGAAAUUGAUCAAAAGAUAUAGUGAUACAAGUAUUGCUCAGAGAAUAACACCAAGCUUACCGCAAGAUUUAAGUGACGAAGAAUGGAUAAAACUCAUAGAUAUAUGUGAUUUCAACACUAAGAUUAAUUAUAUAAAAAGCUCUCUAUCCGAACCUCCUAUGAAAGAAAGAUUUUGUCAAGAUGCAAAUACUUUAAUUGAGAAAUACAUGCAUCACAUUGUAAAGUGUAAAUCUGGAGAUGAUCAUUAUUUUUGUAAUGCUUUUAACAAUGCUGUAAAUAAGGUUAAACAAUUAAUGUUAAUAAAUGUUUGUGACCAUUUUCGAUGUUAUUAUAUAUUCAUAUAUAAUAAUAUAUUUAUUCUAAUCUAUCUAAAAGAAAAAAUGAACUAUUUAAAAAUUAUAUUUUUAAUACAUAAUGUUUUCCUUAAUAUUGAAUUAUUUUACCCCACAUAA